AUGUCUUCUAACAAGAUCUGGCUGCGUGCCGAAACCAAGCCCGCCGAGGCUCGCUCUGCCUUGACGCCGACUACCUGCAAGGCGCUUAUGGAUGCCGGAUACGAAGUGACCGUCGAGCGCUCGACUCAACGGAUCUUUGAUGAUGAGGACUUCGCAAAGAUCGGCGCGCCGCUGGUGGAGGAAGGUUCCUGGGUCAAGGAUGCCCCUAAGGACGCCUACGUUCUCGGUCUCAAGGAGCUCCCCGAAGAGGAGUUCCCUCUCGAGCAUGUUCACAUCUCUUUUGCGCACUGCUACAAGCAGCAAGGUGGCUGGGAGAAGGUCCUUGCCCGGUGGCCUCGUGGCGGUGGCACUCUCCUCGAUCUCGAAUUCCUCACUGACGAUGUGGGCCGGAGAGUCGCUGCUUUCGGUUGGUCUGCGGGUUAUGCGGGCUCGGCUUUAGCCAUCAAGAACUGGGCCUGGCAGUUGACGCACCCCGAGGGUGUGCCCCUGCCCGGAGAGACCCCGUAUGCCAACCAGGAUCUCCUGGUUGAGUCGGUCAAGGAGUCGCUGGAGGCUGGCAAGAAGCAGUCCGGUCGCUCUCCUAAGGUUCUUGUCAUUGGAGCCCUCGGUCGUUGCGGCAAUGGCGCCGUGCAGCUGGCCAAGGAUGUUGGUAUCCCCGAAUCCGACAUCGUUCAAUGGGAUAUUGCGGAAACUAAGAAGGGCGGUCCCUUCAGGGAAAUCGUGGAAGACGUCGACAUCUUGAUCAACUGUAUAUACUUGGCCUCGAAGAUCCCGCCCUUUGUCACCCCCGAGACGCUCACAUCCCCCAACCGUCGCCUGUCGGUCAUCUGCGACGUCAGCGCCGAUACCACCAACCCAAACAACCCGCUCCCUGUGUACAGCAUCACCACUACCUUCGACAAGCCCACAGUCCCUGUCACUUUGUCAAGCGGCAGCCAGGUUGCUGGCCUGAGUGUGAUCAGCAUUGACCAUCUUCCUUCUCUCCUGCCCCGUGAGAGCUCCGAGAUGUUCAGCCAGGCUCUGCUCCCCAGCCUGCUCCAGCUGAAGGACCGAGAGAACGCUCGUGUGUGGAAGCAGGCCGAGGAUCUCUUUAACGAGAAGGUUGCUACGAACAUCCGAGCAUACCAAGACAAUGGCAGCAACAGCUCCCCUCCCGCCGCCAGUUCGACAACCAGAAGUCUGCCGUUGCGGCUAUCGCGGUUGAUGCAGGAAAAGUCGACCACUGUAGCCGCAUACGCGGCGGGAGCGUCUCUUGCGGCUAUCGCUCUGUUCUAUGUCUUUGGUCCCAACUACACCAUCGACGGAGACGACUCAAACGACAGUAUCCGCAAGAAGAAUAUCGUGGGCUUGUCCAACCCGGCCAAUGACUGCUUCAUCAACUCGGUUCUACAGGCUCUCGCAGGGCUCGGAGAUCUGCGUGUUUACCUGAUACGGGAGCUCCAUCGACGUGAACUCGACGGUCCCGACAUCUACAAUGUUCUCCCAGCACCAGACGAGAUGCCACGUGGUGGCAAUGCAGAUAGGAUAAGAGAGUUACAGCAGGGGACCAUCACCAGGGCCCUCAAGGAGAUGUUGGAUCGAUUGAAUGAGCGCCCGAUCUACAAGAAAACGAUCUCUGCACGGCCUUUCAUUCACGCACUGGAAUACGCCUACCGAACGCGAAUCAGUCGUAACCAGCAGGAUGCGCAGGAAUUCUUGCAGAUUGUGGCGGAAAGGCUUUGCGACGAAUACCAUGCCGGUGUAAAAGCCCGGCAGAGGGCGAAAGGCUUGAUAGAGCCGUUUCCCAGCCCGGGAGCCGCAGAAACUAGCGAUGAAGUCGCUCCCAGGAGUCCUGCUGAAGUCGAGGUGCGGAUCGAUGAUGGGUCUGAGAAUGGCCUUCCGGCCAUUAUCGACAACAAGCUCAAGGAAAUCGACCACGAGUACAGCUUUCCUUUCGAGGGCAAGCUAGAGUCUCAGAUCGAAUGCACAUUCUGCCAUUACCAGUAUAAACCCAAUCAGACUUCGUUUGUCAAUCUGACAUUGCAAGUACCUCAGAAGAGCUCCACCUCUCUCAGCGCAUGCUUUGACGGGCUACUCAAAACCGAAUAUAUCGAAGAUUUCAAAUGUGACAAAUGCCGACUACAACAUGCUCUUGAAGUGAAGACUCAAGAGAUGCGCAGGGUCCGCACGACAGAGGAUAAAUCGCGACUGGAGAUGGAAAUCGAGCGGAUUCAAACCGCCAUCGCUACGGAUCCUGAGGGAGCUUUGGAGGGAGUGACUUUACCACCUUCAGAGCUUGCCCCCAGACGGAAAAUCGCGCGGCAUAUGCGGAUCACGGCCUUCCCUAAGAUUAUCGCAAUUCACCUCUCACGGUCAAUUUUCGACCACAGUAGCUCUACCAAGAAUGCAGCCAAGGUGUCCUUCCCCGAACGCCUUCCCCUCGGUGGUAUCUUAAACAGGGAAUGGUUCAGGCUACUGGCGAUUGUCUGCCAUAAAGGCAGCCACCACAGCGGACACUACGAGUCAUUCCGCCGCAACCACCUUUAUCCGCCAUUUUCCACACCAGAUGCGUUUAGCUCGUACUCCCAGAGCCGCGUCGCCAGCGAAAACCCAUCCGAAGCCCCUAGCCCCCAGCUAAAAGCCCAGAAUCCCUCAGAUGGUGAGCCUUCAUCCCUCGAUAUCUCAACGUCGAAUGCGUCACCGACCCGCUCCUCUCAACUCCAACCUCCCCCGUCGCCAACCCCCCGACCAACGUCGAGUCCAAGGGUCUCCUUCCAGAGCAACCGCUCCAAAUCGUCUACAUCCAAACAAACCCUUUCGCCCGUGUCCGAUCCACACAGCCCUUCCUCCGAGGGUGGACGCUGGAGCAAGUCUUUCUCGCGGGCGUCCUUCACAAGCGACCGAAGCACACCCGCCACGUCGGUCGAGGCAUCAAUCGGCCCUGCCGCUCGCCUUCGCCGGCGCCGCAAGCCGAUUGAUCGCUGGUGGCGCGUCUCGGACGAAAAGGUUAAGGAAUGCAAGACCUCCGACGUGCUAGGCAUGCAGCGCGAAGUCUAUCUCUUGUUUUAUGAACUGGACAAGCCAUCGCCCGACGUAUAAGCAUCCGCGGCGUAUUCAACCGUACAGAACAUACAAAAGUGAAUGCGAGAAACCUUUGGGUAGACAAAAAAGUUUCGGGCUACAUAUCAUCACUGGCAAAACAUGUAAGGAGUAUUGUUGCGCAUGAAUGACACAAUGCAGAGUGAACAUAGAAAUCUUAUCAGGCAUUUGAACAG